AGGGGGAGAAUACUAACGCACUGUCUGCUGAAUGAACUGCUGCCGUGCGCCUUUUGGGUUUUUUGGAGCAGGUCUCUCUCAUCUGGAGAUGCUCUAGUAAACGUGUCGCGGGGUUUUUAUGUGCCCAUCGUUUCUGGAUCGGGAUAUAAAGCUGAGAAAGAAAAUUUGCGCGUGUGUGUGUCUCUGGAGCGUCUGAUUUCUUAUUUUUCUCAUUUUUGGGGGACAUAUUUUGGUGGAUUGUGCAAACCACAGGCUUAACAAAAAAACAAAAAAAACAGAUUUAAACCAUGGGGGACUCGAUGUGGAGAUAUUAUUUUGGAGUUUUGUUUAUUGCCUUCAAAGUGGACUUGUGCCGGGCGCUCAUCUUGGAGUCCAUCUACUGGAACACAACAAACACCAAAUUCGUGCCAGGCCAAGGCGUGGUAUUGUACCCUCAGAUCGGGGAUAAGUUGGACAUUGUUUGCCCCCGUGUGGAUGGCGGGAUACCCGACGGUGUGGAGUAUUACAAGGUGUACAUGGUGCCGAGGGAGCAACUGGAGAGCUGCACCAUCACCAAGGCCGACACGCCGCUCCUCAACUGUGUCAAGCCCGACCAGGAUGUCAAGUUCACCCUCAAGUUUCAGGAGUUCAGCCCGAAUCUGUGGGGCUUGGAGUUCUUCAGAGGGAAAGACUAUUACAUCAUCUGUAAGUACCGACUGCUACUGUCUCUGAAAGGGUGA